AUGCAUCUUCACUUUGAGAGAAACGUUAAUGCAAAAUGCGACUGCUCCAUACUGUCGCUGUCUUGGAUGGGGAAGGUGCCUGACGAGCUUCCUGAGGAGGAGGGUUGGAAGCUCAACCGCAACAACUAUUACCAAGAAGGAUGGUUGGCUACAGGGAACGUCCGUGGAGUGGUUGGAGUCACAUUCACAUCGUCGCAUGCGCGCCGGCCACACGAACUGCCGUUGCGCACAAAUUAUAACCUUCGUGGACAUCGAUCUGAUGUGAUCCUAGUAAAAUGGAACGAGCCAUACCAGAAGUUAGCGUCGUGCGACAGCAGCGGAGUGAUCUUUGUGUGGAUCAAAUACGAAGGUCGCUGGAGCAUCGAGCUGAUCAACGACAGAAGUACUCCAGUCACACACUUCUCCUGGUCACACGACGGACGGAUGGCACUCAUUUGUUAUCAGGACGGGUUCGUAUUGGUUGGCUCGGUGGCAGGCCAGCGCUACUGGUCGUCCAUGUUGUCGCUGGACGCGCGCAUCACAUGCGGCUGCUGGACGCCGGACGACAACCAGGUGUACCUGGGCACCGCCUCCGCACAGCUCGUCGUCAUGGAUGUCCACGGUGCUAUGGUUUCACAGGUACAACUAGUAGCUGAAGGCGGCAUCAUUUCAAUGGCUUGGUCGUGUGAGAAGUUCAAGAUGGAAGAAGGUGAGGAGACCGGGGAGAACAAUGGGGGGCAUGUGCUGGCCGUGGCGCUCGGGAGCGGGGAAAUAGUUCUACUGCGAGGACACGAUGACGUCAGCCCUGUGCGGGUGUCCACCGGCCUGCGGGGGAACACGCUCGCCAUGGAGUGGGCCAACUCUAGGGAACUACUGGCUGUAGCGGGCACUCUCAUUGCUGAAGCUGACGAGCCGGCAGAUACACCUCCUUACAAGAAUGUCGUCAAGUUCUAUUCCGACACCGGGGCACUCAUCUACACUGUGCCCAUACCUUACUCACAGGGCACGGUGCGCGCGCUGACGUGGGGCCACUGCGCGCGGCGCCUGUUCGUGGUGGCGGGCGGCGCGGUGUGCACGGCGCGCGUGUGGCGCGUGGUGGCGCCGCUGCAGCUGCUGGCGCGGGUGCGUGCUGCGCAGGCGCUGCGCGACCCGCGCCUGGCGCCGCGCCUGCCGCUGCCGCCGCGCCUGCAGCCCGCGCUCGCCAACCUCUUCGCGCACACUAUACGGUGCAACGUUCCGGAGACGAACGAACUCCGUCUGUUCGUAUCCCGUCCCCCGGCGGCGGGCGGUCGCCUGCACUGUACGAUGUUACGUCACGACGACGAGGAGGCGGGGGCCUACACCCUGUACCUGGAACACCUCGGGGGACUAGUGCCACUCCUCAAGGGUAGAAGGACCAGCAAGAUUAGACCUGAGUUCGUCAUCUUCGAUCCACAAGCUGAAGCGGAGAAAGCUUCGAGUAGCAGCAGCAGUAGCAGUAGCAGCGGCGCGACGAGCUCGUCCAGCGGGGGCGGCACCGCCUCGCCCCGCACGCCCCGCGCCGCGCGCCCCCGCCCCCGACACGCCCUGCACGGACACACCUCCUCCUCCGACACUGAACGAGAAGAAGGUUGCUCCGGGUCCCCGCGGCUACAACGCCGGCGCCGGGCGCGGGAGAGACGGAAGGUACGGAACUCCAGUGAGAAGGAAGACACGCCUGACGAACUCGCCUACAUCGACUCCUUGCCCGAGGAUGUACGUUUAGUAGAAGUCACAUCUAAUAUAUGGGGAACCAAGUUUAAAAUGCACGGUUUAGCUAAAAAUGUCCCGGCCAACCUCGGCCAGGUCACGUAUAAGACGUCCUUGCUCCACCUCCAGCCGAGGCAGAUGACGCUCAUGAUCACGGAGCUCAGGGACGACUAUCCCGUCGGCCCGGACCCUAACUUCAAUCCUAACAUCUUCUCCGAGGAUGAAGAGGAAGUGUUUCAGUCCAACGACUCGAACGAUUCUCCGUCGCACACUAAUAAUAAUAUCAGAAGAAAAUUAACUCUCAACGAAAGAUUAAAUAAUACCAACAACAGCAAUCAAAACGACAGCUACGCGGCUAACAACAACAACCAGAGCAGCCCGUCGCUCGCACGAGCCGAGUCGUACGACGAGUUCCCUUACAUCGACACCAACACCAACGAGGCCGUCAGCAACGUGCCGGAGACCGUGUACUCCGCGGCCGUGCGGCACGCCAACCAGACCGACAGGAGAGUCAGCAACACCGCCGGCGUCCCCAACCGACACGCCAUCUCCCCACUACGCUGUGAGAGCUCGGUGCCCACGCUGCAGUCGCCUAAAAACGCUGUGGCGCCCACAGACAUCAUAUUUGAGAGGCCAUCCCCGCAGACUGUCACGUGCGGGGGCCGGGGCGACUUCUGCGGGGGCAGGACUGACUACAGCGUGCGCGGGGACAACGUGUCGCUCAAAGGGAACUUGUCCAACAUCGAACAACAAUCUUUUAAUCUUAAUUUAAGUCUCGAACCGAGCAGACAGGUCACGAUAAAGAAAUGUGAUAAUCACGUCACUGACAAUUGCCUUUCCAAAUUACGCAAAAACAUUUGCAGCAGAGGCGAGUCUGCUUCGUACGACAUGAACACGAGGAUCCUUAAAUCGCUCUGUAACAAAAAUUACGAGCAUGAAGUGCACCCAGACGCUCUGAGUAAACGCGGUGAAGCAAUGAAACACUUGCAGAAGAGUGAGGACUUGAAGUUCAUCGACGAGGAGACUCCCGUGGAUACCACUAUCAGUAACCUGACCGACAAGGCUCGAGAGGUGACUGGUAAAGUUCAGAGGACGACGACUGUGGUGCCUAUUAGUCCUGUGUGCGCGACCAUCCCCGUGUACGACACGAUGACUAGGAGCUGCAGCGUCGGCUAUCUGGAUCUCGUGGACCCUCAGGUACUCCACGCUCAGGUGAGUUUGACCGCACUGCGGGGCGAGCCGCCGCGGAGACUGGUACUCGUCAACAACAAGCGGCACCGGCGACAGCGGCGACACGUGCGCGCCGGAGACUCCAAGCAGGCCGAGUGUACCAAGACUCCGAGCUUACGGAGAUGUGGCAAGUCUAGGAGUCUCGAUUCCAGUGAAAUGUCACUAACUGUAGAUAAGAGCAAGCGGCAGUCGCGGGUGGACACAGUGUCUCCGAAGGCGGAGGCGACGUCGGCGCAGUCCAGCAGCCGCUGCACCAGCGCGGGCGAGGACAACAGCGGCGCGUCGGCGUCCGACAGCGGGCGCGGGGCGCGGCGCGCGCCGCCCGCCGCCUGCUCCGCCUGCCGCGGGGCGCCGCCCGCGCCCGCGCCGCGCCCGCCCGCCGACAGCGACUCCGACUACAGCAAGUAUUACAGUUAG